CAAUGUUAAGUUGGAUGUAUACAUAACAUUGAUCUAUGAGUGAAUUUUAUACAUAAUACAAAGGUUUUGUCUAUUAUGUAGAAUAAAAUCUUAAUACUGCUUUUGUUAUUGCAGGUUUCAACACACAUAUUGACACAUCUGCCCUUAUAGAAUGUAUGGAAUGCUACAGGACAGACGAAUACUUAAUUGUUGGUUCUGAUGAUGCGGCUCUUGUACCACCAAUUGCCUGUGAAUUUUCAAAAAAAGGCCAGGGGAACAUCCUAGCAGUGGUAGAUGAGAGUGGAGGCACCAUCAUCCAGGAUACCAACAAGACAGGCCAACAUGCUCUCCUCACUGAGUGGCAGGCCCACAGUAAUGCUAUUUUUGAUCUGGCGUGGGUUCCCUUAGAGAACAAACUGGUGACGGCAUCAGGAGAUCAGACUGCAGUCUUAUGGGAUGUGCCUAGAGCAGAGAAAAUGGAUGUGUUUAAGGGUCAUACCAGUAGUGUCCGGACUGUAGCAUUCAGAAGUGAUGACUCGGCUGUGUUUGCAACGGGCUCCCGAGAUGGACAUAUAAUGAUAUGGGACACCAGAUGUAACAGAAAAGAUGGAUUUCUGUCACCUGUAAAUACCAUACAUAAUGCUCAUGCAUUACAACAACUUAGUACUCGAAAGGCCCGACACAGACAAAAGCUUGGACCUGCCAGGGACAGUCAGCAGAGUGUUACAGUAGUGACAUUUCAAACAGACACCACACUAGUUUCAGCUGGAGCAGUGGAUGGGUGUGUGAAGUUCUGGGACCUACGGAAGACUUACAGUCUGAUGACCUCCACACCUGAGGCAAGACACACUAUCCCUUACAGUGGUACAAGUCAGCGAAAGCAUGGGUUUACUAGCCUCACUAUGGAUACCUACAGGAGCAGCCUCUUUGCCAGCUGUACAGAUGACAUUGUGUACCAGUAUGACAUCACAACCAUGGAGCCUAGACUCAUGCAUCAGUAUAAAGGUCACAGGAACAAUUCAUUUUAUGUAAAGACCAGCAUCAGUCCUGACGAUCAGUUCCUUCUUAGUGGAUCAUCUGAUGAGAUUGCACACAUCUGGCAGGUUGGUAAACCAAACCGAAGUCCGAUCGUACUGAAGGGACAUAAAGCAGAAGUGUCUGAUGUAGCCUGGUCACCAAAUGAUCUGAGCAAGUUGGUGACAUUAUCUGACGACAACUCCUUCAGGGUAUGGAGAAUUAACAGAAGACUAUCCCUUCCUGAUCAGGAGGAGGUGAUUGGAACAGCAGAGAGAACUCACAGGGAAAUAGGUACUUCAGCUAGACAACCAGAAGAAAAAGAAAACAAAGAACAGAAUUUACCAGUGAUAAAACUUUCUGCCGGAGAAAAACCAAAUAAAACUCCUAAGCUGAAAAAGACUUCAUCUGCUGAAAAUUCACCUGGCAAUUUAGCAAAUUUCUCACCCUCAAUCAAACAUUGGCUGAGUGGAAAGAAAACUCCUUCUUCCAAAGUUCCUGUUAAAGAUGAUUUACAAACAAGUUCAAAAUCUGAGAGAAAAAGGCCAUGUAAGAGAAAGCUAGUGUCAGACUCACCUGAUCCAAAUCCUUCAAAACGACAAAAUGUGUUGCAAGAUCUACAAAGCCCACACAAAAGUGCCAGUCCAACUAUUGCAGCUUUCAGGAAUGAAUAUGGAGCAUACUCCAAAUCUCCUGUAAGAAAUAGUCCUCAAAAAUGGAACAGUCCACAAAAAUUCAGAAGUCCAAGAAAAAUACAAUUAAACUUCAACAGUCCAAAGAAAUUGAAUUUUGACAGUUCCCCAGCCAGUCCCAGUAGUUCUAGUUUGAACAAAGAAAGUCCAAGGAAAUUAAUAAGUAAUCAAGUUUUGAAAAUGCCUCUGCAGUGCAUCACCAAACAAACUGCGGUAACAGCAUCACCUACUGCUGACCUUCCAAACCUUGUUUUAUCUGGACAAGUGAACCGUGUUAAUGUAUGUUACCCAAUGGGAAAGGAGAACAGCCCACAGAAAGGCACACCUCCUAUGAACUGGUUAACUCAGAUACGUCAACAAAAGUUGGGGAAGGAAGGAGAAACAAGCCAGAGGCUGAAAUUUAGUCCAUGUAGAAGCCUGUUCUACAGCAGUACUUAUUGUUCACCCACUCCAACUGCAGAGAACAGCCAAUCAAACUGUCAGGAACCAAGUCAGAACAGCAGUCAAUCAGAGGAGGAACCAAAGACACCAGUCAGAGGUAUGAAGUCUCUGAGGCAUUAUUUCCAACCUCGUCCAUCUCCAAAAGUGGAUCCUGUGGGGUGACCAGUAUCUCCUGUCUGUAUUAUUUCUGUAUCACUACCAACAUUGCCAGUAGUCUCAAAAUACGCAAAUAAAGCUGAAUCUGGAUUAUAUUGGCUGUGAAUGAAAUGGAACAAUGUAGGACUUGAUUCAGGAUUCAUGAAUGACUGAAAUGUUUAAUGGAUUAUUUUUAUUGCUUUACAACGUGUAAUAUUUAAGUAAAAUAGGAGAGUUUAUUUUUUAU